AUGGGAUCUCGUCGGGGACCGCCGCAAUGCGAGUCCAUUGCUGGAUGUUCCAGUUACGCUAAGGCUAGUUUCAAUUAAGUUUUUAAAAAAAUGAGUUGAUCGACUUCUGAAAAUUGUUAAUUGUAUCAAGAUAAGUAAUCAAGAAAAUUGAUGAGUUUGAUCUCAAAAAAAAUUUUGAAGUUUAUCAGGUUUCUGAAGUUAACCUUUUUUGAACACUUGUCGUUACAUUAUUAAAAAUGAGUGAAAAAAGGUGUUCUAUCUUUUAAUUUUUUGGUCAAUUCAAAUACUUUGACCCUACCCAUGUCUUUUGACUUACUGGAAACAAUCAUUUUUUUAGAUAUUAAAAAAAAUGAGCAAUUUCUUCUUACUGUUUCCAGCUUGAAUCUUGAACGAGUUAGGGAGCCUAAUGAGCGGGAAAAAAAUAAACUAACAACUGAAAAGAAUACUAUCACUAAACUUUCAAUCUCAUUUAGAGUUUAGAAAAUUUAGGGUUGGUUUCUUGAUUAUGCAUCUUUUUGAGAUUCCAGGUCGGAAUUUUCAGGUAAAGAAAAUGAAAGACGGCCGACAGCUGUGUGGAGACUGUUUCACUGCGAGUUUCGAGAAAGACGUUCACGAAACCAUCGUUCAAAAUAAUCUUUUCAAGGUUGGGUCAAGGCAAAACUAGAAGUUUUGCGUUAACUCAGGACUUUUGAAUAGAUUCAAAUAAAAGUUAUGUAUUUCAAUUUAGACUUAUCCAUCCGCGUACAAACGUUAAAAAGUAAGGUCAUCAUACAUUACGGCUAGGAAUUUCAUGAAAAUUGCUUACAAAACUCGUUAAUGUAAUAGGUAAAUAUCAUGAAACUCUAAACCACUCGAACUCCUUACUUUUUGAGAAAGAAUAACUCAAAUUUGAAGAAAACCGUCAAAAUCCGUUGAUGUAGGUCAAUUUUUAGGCUUUGAGCUUCAAUUUCUGAAAAACCAGGAAGCUUUACAGGUUGAGACUUUCAGGGUCUUUUUCUGAAACAUCAAAGAAUGUUCUGGCUAUUUUUCGGAAGAAUCACCAAGCCAAAAAAAAUUACCUUCUUUGUGAGGAUCGAUGAAACAACCUCGAUUUUUGAGCUGAAAAUUGCUUUAAUUCCAUAAUUUUUCAUGUAUACUGCCUUCCCCAUUUUGAUAGUGAAUCUGUUUUAAGAGAGGCGAGCGGGUCGCGAUCGGAGCCUCGGGUGGCAAAGAUUCGACUGUUUUGGCAUACGUUAUGAAGGUAGGACCUUCUCAGAUUUAGAAAUAAUAUUUAUCCAUUUUCAAGACACUCAAUGAUCGGUAUGACUACGGUUUGGACUUGAGGUUAUUAUCGAUCGAUGAGGGAAUCAAGGGCUAUCGCGACGAUUCUUUACUGGUUCGUCUUUUGGGAAAUUUCAGAACUUGUUUCACCGUAAAUAAUUCAAACAGCUUUCUCUCUACACCAAGUUGAGCAAGGCCCUUUUUUUUCAAUUUGGUAGCACACUUGGGACGUUGGUAUAUCACUUAAACAAUCUCUCACUUUGAAAAAAAAAAAAUAAAAAUGUCUUUUUUUAAAUGAACGAACAAAAUAGCUUAUGAAAAUGAGAACCUUUCUCUUUCGGCGAAAAUGAGUCCAAUUUCCAGGCGGUCGAGAAAAAUAGAAUAGAAUACGGGCUACCGCUGACGAUUCUCAGCUAUCAAGACCUCUACGGAUGGACAAUGGACGAGAUUGUCGCGAAAAUCGGAAAGAAGAACAACUGCACGUUUUGCGGCGUUUUCCGACGUCAAGCUCUUGACCGGUGAGUAUUGAGCACGAUAAAUUUGAGCCCAACUAAGGAAAGUUUAGGGGGACAAAUGUGAGCCCUUGUAGGGGCCCCCGUGUGGUGCCCCUAACUCAACCCCUAUCGGGGCCCCGAAAAUCUAGUUUAGGGCCCCUAUAGGGGUUCAAUAAAAGGGGCUCCUAUAGGAGGUACGAUUAAAUGUUCACUGGAAUUCGCUUCUUCAUAUUCGUCCCUAACUCUUUUAAACAACGAUUCUUAAACAAAUUUUUUUAAAAAAACGGCGUAUUCGAGGGCGGCCGCGGUCGGCUUUUUGGUAAGGGUCAACUCGGUCGACCCGUAGAUACAAAUUUUGUUUUGACUCCCGGUUUUUUGCGAAUUAUGGAAAGCGCAAGUUUUACUGAAAUGAAAGUGAAACAAAAAAACAUUUUUUAUCGAGCACAUAAAGAGAAAAAAACCGAUGAAAUGAGAUAAUAAUCCAAAAAAAUUCAAUAGUUUCCUGAGUGGCCAGAACAAUUUACAGAACUAGAGAAAAACAAAUUAAUAAAUAAAAAAAUAAUUUGAAAUUUUCCCAUCAUCAGGAAUUUCAUUUUUUUGCAAAAAAAUUCAUUCAAACCACUAUUUGAAAUAUUAUUUUAUUUGUUUACAAAGAGAAAAAAACGAAAAAGAUGCGAAAAAAAGUGAAAUCAAAAAAAGCACGAUUUCUGUCAAAAAAACAAUAAAAUUAAAAAUUUUCAUGGAUCAUAAAUAACUUAAACAUUCAUUUUCAAUAUGAGAAACUAAAAUAAAAACAAAAAAUACGGAGAAAAAAAUCCUCGCGCUCGCUUCGGGGGCCUGAAUGAAAACCGCUUCGCGGGCCGGGGCGCUCCGGGGCGCGUCGCGGUCGGGUCGGGGCGGCCUCGGCCAGGGUCGCCCCGACUUGAGAACAGCUCUGCCUAUGCCCCCCCCCCUUUUUUAGUCAAACAUUUUGAUGAUUUAAUUUUUGACUGAACUUGUAAGCUGACUUUUCUGAUUCCAAUUUUUAGAGUUGAAAAUUUCUAAACUCAUUUUGGUCUCGUUUUGAAACGAUCAAAGCCAUUUCUGAUGUUUUUUUGAAACAGCGGUUCUCAGAGGCGCCUUCAAAAUCGGAGCCAGCAAGCUGGUGACCGGCCACAACGCCGACGACAUGGCGGAGACGGUGCUGAUGAACGUCUUGCGAGGCGAUAUCGCCAGACUUCAGCGCUGCACGAACAUUGUCACCGGCGAAGAGGGUGAUCUACCGCGCGCCAAGCCUCUCAAGGUUUUGUGGAAAGGGGCCCCUAGAGGGUUUUUUCUUCCUACUGUGUUUCGAGGAACGUUUGCUCACAUUUUGAAUAUCAAGCGCAAUGACGUCAUUCAAAAUUUUUCUCUUUAGUAAACGCUCUCUGAUUGGCUUAUCGCGAAAUCAGGGGCGGAGCUUGAGGGAUGGGUUGACAUUUAAAAUCCGAAAAAUUAGUAGAUUUCAGACCAAUUUUUCAGAAGAUCUGCUUAUUUUCGGCUUCCAACGUUCAUACAAUGAAAAAGGACGCGCUUUUUUUAAAUGUGCAGAGUCAAUUCAUAAGCUUUGUUUUAGUGUUUGAAGAUGUAACUCCGCCUUGAGAACUUUAUAAAAUCUGUCUAUGCUCCUUUAAACUUUUCAAAAAAGACUCUGUGACUACCAAAGUAAAACAAGUCUCAAAGGGUGAUAUUAGGUCUCUCUUAGAAAGAAAACAUUCCUUCUUCAAAUGGGCACAGGAAUGCUCCUAAAGGUACUCCAGAAGUUAUGUCCCUCGAAAAAAAUGUUCAGUUUCUUUUUUGAACUGAUCAUCAUUUUAGUAUUGCUACGAGAGAGACAUCGUUAUGUACGCCCGAAUGAAGAAACUGGAAUAUUUCUACACCGAAUGUAUCUAUGCCCCCAAUGCCUACCGUGGCUAUUCCAGGUUUUAUUUGUAAUUAUCAACUUGAUGCAACCAGCUUUUUUCAAGAAUAUACGUCCGCGAGUUGGAAAAGAUCCAGCCCCGCGCGAUUCUUGACCUGAUCAGGUCUGGGGAAUCCUUGGCCAUUCGGAAAGAAGUCGAAAUGCCCCAGAUCACCACUUGCGAGAGGUUUUUUUUUCAAAUUAUGAGUAGCCUAAAAGUUUUUCAAGCGUCUGAAGUUUUUAAACGUAGUUUUCAAGAAAGAAGUUGAUUUUUUUUUCCAGGUGCGGUUACAUGACAAGCCAGAAGCUGUGCAAAGCUUGCCUACUAAUCGAAGGUCUCAACUCGAAUAAUCCAGAUUUGGGCGUCAGAAAGAAGGUAUUUCAUUUCUGCGACUUGAAAUAGCCUUCUUGAGAUCUUCAGAGUGAUCCCUAUAGGGGCAACCUUUGGGGCUCUCGGAGGGUCUCCUCUAGGGCCACCUUUCCGACCCCUACAGGAGCCACUAAAGCUUGCAAAAGUGGUAUAUAGGGGUUUUAGUUAGUGGCCUCUCUAGGAGACAUACUAAUUGUUAUGAACUCUAAGUGCAGAAGCUUUUCCAUGGGGAAAACUGAAUAAAUGAGCAUUACCCAAAAUUUUUUUACAGUUUUUGCCAACUUCCAUGUAUAGUUGCGAAGAGAUGUCUCAUUGCUAAAGACAAUACUAUCGUAUUACAGGGCAAAAAGACAAAAAUCGCCUUGAGCACCAAACCAGACGGAGAAACCGAAAAGUCUGGAUGUGGCACUUCAAACGGCUGUGCUUGCGCGGCAACGUCAAACAACAAUGAAACUUCUAAUUCACUUUUUUAA